CCUCAGAGUCAUCUAUCGACUAUUGAUAACAUGAAUACGCUGAUCCUGGUUAUAUUUGUUGUUCUGAUUCAUCUCGGCACGGGAGUGAAAAUACACAAAUUAGACGUUCCGGAAAUAAUUCAUUUUGGCCAUCCUGUAAUAUUGGACUGUGAUUUCACGUUAGAAACUAACGAUCAGGAGCUUGUGGUCAAAUGGUUCUUCAAUAAUACUUUAGUGUACCAAUGGAUACCUGGUACAAAAAAGCGACCGCAAGUCUCUGGCAUCCUGAAGGACCGCCUGAAUCUGGAAUAUGUGGCAAGCAGGGAUGCGAACAGCGUUCACAGGGCGUUGCACAUUCUCAAAGCCUUGCCGGAUCUUUCGGGGGAUUACACCUGCUCGGUUUCCACGAUGCAGAGCGAGGACAUCGAAACUAAGACCAUGGUCGUGCUAGUAUUAGCAAAAAGUCUGAAGCUUCAGAGGAUAAGAGGAGAUGAUGGAGUCAUUGAAGUUCAGUGCAUCGCAGAAGGAGUGUUUCCUAUGCCACAAAUGACUCUGAGUUCUCUAAAGAGGAAUAUCACUGGCCCAGAAGUGACAACAAG